GAGCGGGGUUCAGUCGCUGUUGUUGGCUUGGGCAUCAGUGGCACUGUGGAAGCAUACACACUGGUGGCCGCUCCGAAUCUGCCACUGUCCGUCGUCCUGCUCGAGGCAAAGAAGAUUUGCUUUGGAGCGUACGGCCGAAACGGUGGUCAAAUCAGGCCCGAUUGCUUUGCUGGCUUCAACACAUAA